AUGAAAACUCGCACACACUAAAAUAACCUUAGAAGCAGCUGUUUGUGGAAUUUAACGUCGUUUGUGACUGCGCGCGAGUGUGUUCUAGAAAUGGGUUGCUACGCCAUAGCCAUAGCCAAAACCAGUUUCAGCUGUCUCGUUAAUCCCCAUUCCACAGCAAAAUCCCAAUUGGUCUUAAGUAGUAAGCGGCAGAUUUCUUUUGCCUUCGGCGGGAAAUCUCUCGACACACUCAGAAGCAGGCCGCCCUUCUUUGUAUCUGCCAUGGGCUCUUCCUCCUCUUCCUCUCAGAAACAAGACAGCACUCAAGAGGCAGGAAACAUGAAUUACAGUUCAAUAAGUGAAGAAGAGUGGAAGAAGAAGCUAACUGACCAACAGUUCUAUGUUACUAGACAGAAGGGUACUGAGAGGGCAUUCACCGGAGAAUACUGGAACACCAAAACCAUUGGGACGUACCACUGCAUCUGCUGCGACACUCCUUUGUUCGAGUCAUCCACCAAGUUCGAUAGUGGGACUGGAUGGCCCUCGUAUUAUCAGCCUAUAGGAAACAAUGUGAAGUCAAAGCUGGAUCUGUCUAUCAUCUUCAUGCCACGUCAAGAAGUUCUCUGUGCAGUUUGUGAUGCUCAUCUCGGCCACAUAUUCGACGAUGGUCCUCCGCCUACAGGAAAGCGCUACUGUAUCAACAGGUUUUGUAUAGAAAUUCAUACCUAUCAAUGACCCAUUGGCAUUGCUUUUACAUUCUCUUGUUAUAAUUUGCAAAAGAUUAAUAAUUUUCCUAUUGAAUUUGUGCAGUGCUUCCCUUAAACUGAAGCCUAAGUAGAUGAUGGCUUUUACAGCACAAACAAGAUGGCCAAAAUUUAUGCUGAACUUGCAAAUUAUUUGUAGUCAUAAAAAAUUGCCUCGACAAGGUGUAUGAGCUUUGUAACAUGUUAAAUUUAUUUAAUGUGUAUACAAUUUAGGGUUGAUAGUGUUCGUGCCCUCAAUUUUCAGAGUUUUUCAUAAAAUGUCACAACUUUGGUUUUAUCUUGAAAAAAAUCCUCAACUUUCAACA